GCGCGCUACCACGGUCGCAGCCAUAGCAGCAGGAGUAGCGGCGCUGUAAACAAAGGCCAAGCGGUACAUUGUAGGCUUCUCUGUUGUCUUACUGUUAUGAGCAAGUUAAUCCUUAAAUAAUGAAAACGACAGUGUCGUCCGAGGAAGUGGAGAGAAAAAGCUUUUGAAAAUAGCGUCGGGCCAGCUGCAGCAGGACGUAGCCGGACAGUCUUCUUCGGAGGGCCAUGUUUAGUCUGAUGGCUAAUUGCUGCAACUGGGUGAAGCGGUGGCGGGAGCCUGCCAGAAAAAUCACAUUGGUGAUGGUCGGACUUGACAAUGCUGGCAAGACUGCAGCAGUGAGAGGCAUUCAAGGAGAAAAUCCAGAAGAUGUUGCUCCAACUGUGGGAUUUUCAAAAAUUGAACUGAAGCAGGGGAAGUUUGAAGUGACUAUAUUUGACCUGGGUGGAGGCAAACGAAUCCGAGGGAUUUGGAAAAAUUAUUACUCUGAAUCUUUUGGAGUGGUGUUUGUAGUGGACUCCAGUGACGUCGAAAGAAUUGAAGAGACUAAAGAGGCAAUGGCGGAAGUUCUGAGGCAUCCAAGAAUUUCAGGAAAACCUGUCUUGGUGCUGGCGAACAAGCAGGACAGAGAUGGAGCAUUAGGGGAAGCGGACAUCAUUGAGUACUUGUCUCUGGAAAAGCUUGUUAAUGAGAACAAGUGUUUGUGUCAGAUUGAGCCUUGCUCUGCAGUUCUUGGGUUUGGAAAGAAGCUGGACAAGUCCAUUAAGAAAGGCCUUGGAUGGUUGCUAAGCAGUAUUGCCAAAGACUAUGAGGCCUUGUGUGAGCGUGUACAGAAGGAUACUGCUGAGCAGAAGGCUCAGGAAGAGCGAGACAAAAGAGAAAGAGCUGAGAGAGUCAAACGAGUGAGAGAAGAAAGGGAACAGAGGGAACGAGCAGAAGCUGAACGAGAGGGACGUCCCAUACAGGAAGAAGACCAUGAUUCCAGUACUAUAAUGGUUAAUCCCUUUCAACCCAUCAGUCAUGUUAUUCAAGAGAAUGAACAAAAACUGGGAAAAGACAACCCUAAGAGGAAAUCUGAGACUGAAGUAGAAGACAAAAGUGCAAACCCUGCAGCAUCAACCCAGAAUGUUAGAAAAAUGGAGGCCACAAAUCAUCCUCUCGAGGAACAAAGUCCACGAGGAAGCACCAGUAGCAUGGUUCAGACAUAUGCAACAGCACUAAAGCAGCAGCUUGAGCGGGAAGACGAGGGCGAAGAGGGGGAUGAAGAGGAGGGUUGCGAACGCCAGACGCCAGACAGUGUGGGCUCAGAGCAAACAAAAAAGAAGACUAAGAAAUUGUGUCUGAAGAGGAAGCACAGGAUAGAACCAGUCAGCACAGAUGAGGCUGUUCCUGAAAGCCCAGCUCCGCCAGCACCCCCUGUUGGCUGGGCCACCCCAAAAGUAACUAGACUUCCUAAACUUGAACCACUUGGGGACACAAGACACUCUGAUUUUUAUGGAAAGCCCCUUCCUCCAGUUUCCAUCAGGCAAAGACCAAACAGUGAUGCGCAUGAUGUAAUAUCAUAAGCAGUGCUUCAAUAGUUGGCUACAAAGCCAGUGAGAUAAGAGCCAUGCCACUGCCUCAGCUCAAACAGGCAUGAGUGAAGAUGUACUCUUCAGGAUCAGUGCUUCUUCUGCCGUGAGGGGCGGCCAAGCAGUCAAGGCACAAGCACUUGCACAUGACACUCUUAAGUCAGGGAUUAGUUGGGACUGGCAAACAGUCACUUCCUGGCUUUGCUGGCACACUUGGUAGGGCUGAUGUGAGAAUUUCAUAAUAAAUGGGCAUGCCAGCCAUCAUUCUUUCUGCUUAGUUGCUUAUGCAGGUGGUACAGCACAGACCUUAGCUUAGUUAUCUUAGUAUUUAAGUGAUUGCUGUACUCUAUAGUGGCCUAUCCAGGUGCCCUUUGUGUACAUUCUGUGCUGAACCUCAGGCAAAUCUGCAACUGUGGAAGUGUCUUUCUAAAAGAAUACAUGAGGCUGGCAAGACGCGAGAGUUUCCAAGUUUAUUUAGUGACCCAUGUGCCAAAAAAUGCUUCAUGACAAUGUGCAGUCAGAAUGUGUUUAGAAAACAAAAUCAUGCUCUUAGGGUUCGGUAAAAUAUAUAUUUUUCAUAAAAACACUCAUUUCUAAGCUUAUUUUAUCAUAACAAAACUACUGCUUCUUUCUCAGGUGGUAAUGCUGUGUGACAUUUCAUUGUGAGGCCAAAAAGGGCACAUUUGCCAAAGUCUAGUCUUGAACUUAAGGAGCUGCUAGAUGGGAUUUAUGAGGCAGGAUAUUGGGUGGACUGAAAUGGCGAAUAAGCAAAAGCAGUUAAUGUCUUUUUUGUGUGGCACCUUUCAUGGUAAAACACUGACAAAAUUAUUUAACAGAUAAUAUGGCCGUUUCAGAGUAGUGGAUGCUGUGCCAGAGCAUUUAUUUUGCCUGCUUGCGAUGACCACUAAAUAAUUCUGUUGGAGUACAGAGAGAUGUCUUUAGAUUAAAGAGUUCACUUUGAUUAAGGCCUCAUGGACAGUCUUGAGGUAGAGAGAGACACCUAGUGGUGUAACAAUCAGUUAUUGCAGAGAGGUGGAAUAUACAGGUGCUGGUCAUAAAAUUAGAAUAUCAUGACAAAGUUGAUUUAUUUCAGUAAUUCCAUUCAAAAAGUGAAACUUGUAUAUUAGAUUCAUUGAUUACACACUUACUGAUGUAUUUCAAAUGUUUAUUUCUUUUAAUGUUGAUGAUUAUAACUGACAACUAAUGAAAGACCCAAAUUCAGUAUCUCGGAAAAUUAGAAUAUCAAUUAAGACCAAUGCAAAAAAAGGAUUUUUAGAAAUGUUGGCCAACUGAAAGGUAUGAGCAUGUACAGCACUCAAUAUUUAGUUGGGGCUCCUUUGGCCUGGAUUACUGCAGCAAUGCGGCGUGGCAUGGAGUCGAUGUCUGUGGCACUGCUCAGGUGUUAUGAAAGUCCAUGUUGCUCUGAUAGUGGCCUUCAGCUCUUCUGAAUUGUUGGGUCUGGCGUAUUGCAUCUUCCUCUUCACAAUACCCCAUAGAUUUUCUAUGGGGUUACGGUCAGGCGAGUUUGCUGGCCAAUCAAGAACAGGGAUACCAUGGUCCUUAAACCAGGUACUGGUAGCUUUGGCACUGUGUGCAGGUCCCAGGUCCUGUUGGAAAAUGAAAUCUGCAUCUCCAUAAAGUUCGUCAGCAGCAGGAAGCAUGAAGUGCUCUAAAACUUCCUGGUAGACGGCUGCAUUGACCUUGGACCUCAGAAAACACAAUGGACCAACACCAGCAGAUGACAUGGCACCCCAAACCAUCACUGACUGUGGAAACUUUACACUGGACCUCACACAACGUGGAUUCUGUGCCUCUCCUCUCUUCCUCCAGACUCUGAGAGCUUGAUUUCCAAAGGAAAUGCAAAAUUUACUUUCAUCAGAGAACAUAACUUUGGACCACUCAGCAGCAGUCCAAAGGCGAGACGCUUCUGACGCUAUCUCUUGUUCAAGAGUGGCUUGACACAAGGAAUGCGACAGCUGAAACCCAUGUCUUGCAUACGUCUGUGCGUGGUGGUUCUUGAAGCACUGACUCCAGCUGCAGUCCACUCUUUGUGAAUCUCCCCCACAUUUUUGAAUGGGUUUUGUUUCACAAUCCUCUCCAGGGUGCGGUUAUCCCUAUUACUUGUACACUUUUUUCUACCACAUCUUGUCCUUCCCUUCGCCUCUCUAUUAAUGUGCUUGGACACAGAGCUCUGUGAAGAGCCAGCCUCUUUAGCAAUGACCUUUUGUGUCUUGCCCUCCUUGUGCAAGGUGUCAAUGGUCGUCUUUUGGACAACUGUCAAGUCAGCAGUCUUCCCCAUGAUUGUGUAGCCUACAGAACUAGACUGAGAGACCAUUUAAAGGCUUUUGCAGGUGUUUUGAGUUAAUUAGCUGAUUAGAGUGUGGCACCAGGUGUCUUCAAUAUUGAACCUUUUCACAAUAUUCUAAUUUUCCGAGAUACUGAAUUUGGGACUUUCAUUAGUUGUCAGUUAUAAUCAUCAACAUUAAAAGAAAUAAACAUUUGAAAUACAUCAGUCUGUGUGUAAUGAAUGAAUCUAAAAUACAAGUUUCACUCUUUGAAUGGAAUUACUGAAAUAAAUCAACUUUGUCAUGAUAUUCUAAUUUUAUGACCAGCACCUGUACAUGGUCUUGAAGGAUAAUUUUGGUAUUUUUCAGGUCAAAGUUAUUGCUUCACAAUCCUGGUGUAUAUUAAUUUGACACAUAAAACUGUUCUAAAGUAAGUAUUUUUUAUAAAAUUUUAAAAAUACUUUUUUGUUCUUGCAACUUAAAAUAGGACUGUAUGGAGCCCCCUGUCCAUACGUGAAAGAAAAGCCUCAAAACCUACCAAAUACAUCCAUUUCUAAGCCAAAAAUGUCAAGUAUUGAUCCAUGUCUUGAAAUUAAACACAUAUUGCCAAACAGCAUAUUCAUGUCAUUUUAAGAAGGAAAGAUGCAAACAAUUGUUGUGAGAUUCAGCCAUUUUAAAAGGAGACUGUGAGGCUCACGUCUUUGCCAAAAAAAAAAAAAAAAUCACAUGAUCGCCUAUAUUCUUUCAUUAUAAGGAAGAUUUCGUCUUCUCCAGUUAGAAUGAUAAAGCAUGCAUGUACUUCAAUGAGAGAGAAUAUUGAGAUUGCCUAACAGGCAAGUGAUCAGAAAUUAUAGGCAGGUGACCAGUGCUUGAGUGGGAGAAAGCCACUAUAGGGUAUUGAUGUGUACUGCACCGUUUCAAGCCCUGCAUAAAUUCAUUCAUUCAUCUUCCUAACCAGCUUCGCAGGGCAGAGUCACAGUCUAGCUGGAGCCAAUCCCAGCAUGUAUUGGACACAAGGCAGGAACAAACUCCACUAUAAGGCCAAUUCACUAAAGUAGUCGCGUCGAAGUUUAGUAGGUUCAGUACAAAUGUUUCAACAUGGGCAGAGUGGGCUGUUAUUCCUGCCUCACAGUGCCAGGUUCAACAUGGAGUCUGCAUGCAUUUACAGAUUGAUUGACAUAAGAAUCAAUUAAUUUACUCAGUUAAAACAUUGUACUGAGUUCUUUUAUUAGUGUAUUGUCAGUAUGCCUGACUUAUCUUGCAUUAAAUAACGAUAAUGGGUUUAUGGCACUUCAAUCUGCUUUUUUUUCUGAGGAUUUUUUUUUGUUUUUGGAUCGUUUGUUCCCAAGACAUGAAAUGGUAAAAUUGUCUUGUCAAUUUAAAAAAAAAAAGAAGGCUUUUAUUAACAAUACAAUGCAUUGUAAUUAGUUCUGUUGAGAUGUAUUGUUAUGUGUAGCCACAAUGAUACUCCUGUGUGUUCACUGUGUUGCUGCUCACUAUGCAUCUCACUUCAUAGCCUAUAGAUGAUAACUACACAGAUUGUAAAAUGGCAGGGGAGCUCAAUGUUGCAUUUUCUUAACCCUGUGGCCACUGCAAGCAUGCAAAUGAGCAAAUAACAUAUCUUUACCCCAAGAAAAUAGGACCAAGAAUUAGUGAAAGUUUUAAGUCUUUUUUUCUUAUGGGGUAUAGACGCGGGGUUUCAUAAAGUUCUAUUGAAAGCUGUAUUUUUAAAAUAAAAAAAGCUUCACUUUAAAUCACACUUUUAUGUGGGAAAUUAAUAUAUACCAUGACUGUAAAGAAAAUACCUUUGACUUGAAAAAUACAUGUCUUUUUUUUAAAAGAAAGAUUGGGAAUUAGAAAAAAUCUAAAUUUUAAAUGGAAGUAAACUUAGAAACAAAAAAGAAGUUAGUACAUCAUUUAGUUUAACACCUCUCCACUGGACAGGUCAUCUGUGUUCAGGUUUCCUCUUGUAAUAAACUUAAAUCUCCCAAGUUAAUAAAUGAAUAAAGAGGGUCUUAUCUAGAGCACACAGAACAUUAGACAUGGUGGUGGAAAAGUCCACUUGAAUCUGUAUAUUUGGUCAUGAAUUUGCAGGCCUAUAUCCACAGCUGACACCUACUAUAUGAAUGAAGCUUUGCUUUCUUUUUACUGUUUGCAAUCAGUAUUUAUACUUCAUUUUCCAAUACUUCAUUUGUAUUUAAAUAAAGAGCCUAAAGAAAAAUA